AUGUUGUAUGUGCGACAAACCUCCAUUGCAUUGUUCCUUCUGCACCUGCUGGCCUUCACGAGUCAUGCUCAAUCACAUUUCAGCAGCACGAACCUCACCAUAACGUUCUCCAAUGACAACCUCGACGACUGUGUCAACAAGGACUCCGCUGAGGGCAUCACCUUCACCUCCUCCAGCGUACCGAGAGCAUUUGUUUGCUUCAAUCUGGACGAGCUUUUUGCAUCCAACACUAGCCUCACCAAUGGCAGCGUUUCGCAGGGCUCGAACAUAUAUUCGGGCACUGACCUAGACUGGGUACUGCUGAAUCUCGAUUCAUACAACAUCCAGAACAAUUACUCUCGGGUAUGGUAUCAGCAGAUCAACGGGACUGGAGAUGUAGACGAGGGCCUGAAUGCUCCAGUACAAUUCAACAUCUACAACGGUCGCAACUGCCUCCAGCAGAACCGAGAUGGUAUUCCACUAUCGAUGCAGCCGUGGUUUGCAUGGAAUUGUCAAAGUGCGGAGGGUGGAGAAUGCUUUCGAGCGCCGUAUAGCAUAAGGAGCUUCGCUAUUCUUGCUGCGGAACCGUUUUGGAGGGAAGAGAAAUGUCUUGUUGCUGCGUACAAUUCGGCCGGUACGGAAAGCAUUGUCAGGGGAGGAGUCUUGGUUGGAAUGACCGCCAUGGUCUGGAUUGUGUUGUCGAUUUGGUAG